AUGCCUCGGCGUUGGUCUGGCACCACCGACACGCCUUGGGUCACUGGCCUCAGUGCCGGGCUCUUUCUGGUCAGCAUAGCUAUUAUCAAAGGAGCAAAUGUCUUUGGUCAGCAAGUCGCAGAGAUGAUUCCAACUGCUUACAACCGUUCUUGCCAUAAUGAUCCUGACACUUUCCCCACUGCUACCCUCAGCGCAAGUCCUGGCGCAGUGCCCCAACCCGACCAUGUCUUCCUAAGCACCACCACAGUCAGCACGCCCUUAAACAUGACGCACAGCGCAUCCCCUCUUCCCACACGUCAAGGACAUAGAGCCGCCAAGUCAACCCCAGCUGAAAACAGUGUAAACUGGAUCGACCACCUCAGCGCCAUCGCUGUAGACAGCGACAUCGAAGAAUACGUCACUCUAAUCGGCAACAUCCUCCACCACCUCCAACCCCGCUACGGUCGCUUCUUUGUCUUUGCGUCUGUGUCCAUCUUGUCCAUCACUGCACAGCGCAUCGUCUUGUCCCUCCACCAUCUUAUCCGCUCUGCUAUGGACGAGAUAGCCGAUAGAUUUGCAGCAGCUCCCGCAGAUGUAAAAGAGGACGUCCGUCUCGCACUAGGUCUUUUGCUAGCAUUCUUCUACGCGCGACCAGAAGUCGAAAGAAACCUCACUGACCUGGCGAUCCACGAUGGCUGGGCACAGAUGAUGGCGGGCCAGGUGCGCGAAGUGCUCCGUUCCUGCACUGGAGUUUGCGGGUUUCCGUGCCUUGCAUUCGGUGGUACGGCACUCUUGCUGAUUCGGUGA